UCUUUAGUGGGGUUCAUUCCCCCUAUGUGUUCCCAUAGGAUGCUGCUGUGGGUGCUGCCUGAAGGGGCCAAAAGGAUCCACUGGGGCUCAGGGAUCAACGUGUGACACCCUCAGCCAUCGCUUUAAGUACAGAGACACAACAUUGCCAGGCUGGAUGUGGCUCUGGGCAGCCUGGGCUGCUGGUUGGGGGCCCUGCACAGAGCAGGGGGUUGGAGCUGGAUGAGCAUUGUGGGCCUGUGCAACCCAGGUCAUUCUAUGGUUCUAUGAACACCAGUGGGGGAAAUAGCAGCUCUGAGAGCUGUGCUAAUAGAAAUAAAUGGGGGCUGGGAGCACCUGUGCUCUGUUCCUCUGCUCCCUGCUCAAAGGUGCACACGGGACAUGGAGCUGGGCUGCACAUUCUCUGCUUCCCAAUAGGAAGAAAACCACCCCAGAAUUCCAUCUCUGAUCUUUCCCAUCCGCUGCCCCCACAGCCUCGUGCUGCAGGAGCUGCUCAGUGCUGUCUGUGCCACCAACAGGGUCAGGGGGGUCCUUCAAACGAGGGAGAUUUGCAGCGUGCCAUCGUCUGCUGAUUGCCAGCACGGAUGUGGGGGCUGCAUGAUGGGGCUGGUGGGUGUCACUUACUGUGAUUGCUUCCCUGAUCUCUGUGUAAUCCAACAGGCAAUUGAGCACAAAACAACAUGUUUUGCUCGCUGCAAACUCCAGCUCUGGGUCAGCUUCCAUUUGCAGUGGGAAUCCAAUGGCCCCGUGCCUCCCCUCCACCACCAUCAGCCCAUACACAGUGACCGCCCCCACCUGCAGCCCUGCCCAGCAGGAGCCCCUUGGCCACAAACCCCAAAACACCACUCCUGUAUCACCCACCGACCCCAUUUCCUGUCCUAAAAACCCACCCAGCAGCCCGUAACCUCCAUGAACCAAAGAACUGAACCGCUCCUCCCUCAGGAUGGGGGUCUCAAUAAUAGGGCCAGGGUGAGCUGCCAGCUCUGCCCUGUUCCCUCUUUGGUUCACAGCUGCACCCCGCUGCAGUUUUCCUCUCUGGUUCAAUCACAUUGAGCAGCAGCAGCAGCUCCCGGGAUCUGCUUUGCUCUCUCAACUAUCAAACAGACUUUUGCAAGCUGCAGGAACCCAGCAAAACCCGACCUCCUCCAUGCAGCCCCUGGUAAGGACCAGAGCUCUGCCUGGAUAACGCAGCAGGGAGGCUCCCAGCUCUGCCCUGUGCAGGGCUCUGCCAUUUACAGACACCCGGCCAUGGUUUGGGGUCCUGCAGCUCCCAGGGUUUGACACAGAGCUUUUGAAUUGUGGACCCGAUGCUGGUGGGUGCCCAGACGAUGAGCUGCUGUGCGGUGAGAUGCUGCAGGAAGCUCUGGGGGGGGAACGGGGCUGAUCCCUGAUCCCAAGAGAAGGAAAAGGGUUAAAGGACUGUCUGAGAGCAGCGCAGAGAUGCUCACGUGUCGCACCACCUCCAUGCACUGCCAUCCCCUCGGCUGCUCAGGACCAGUUUGGGGUUUGGGGUGGUGGGGAAACGUGUGACAGCUGAAAAAUGAGCUGCUGGGCAGUGAGAGACGAUCUGAGAGGAGGAAUCCGCCUCGAGCAAAGAGGAUUUUAGCACCUUGGGCUGAGCCAACAGACCUCUGCCAUCCCAUCCCACUGGGAACUGUUUGCACACCCUCCAGGAGCAGCUUAAAGCCAUCGGGACACCAGCACUGGGCAGGAGCAGGGGAAGCUGUGGGGUGAACGUCCAGCAUGGCAGCCCCGUGCAAUCAUCCAUCCCCAUAGCGCUGCCCCACUGACGCCUCCAUGGGGACCUGGUUUGGGAGGGCGCUCCCUGAGGAUGCUGCAUCUCAGCCCACAGCUCAGCUCACCCCAUAGCCCACAGCGCUGGGACGCAGCUCCCAUCCAUCGCUGGCUCCAUCCCAUGGGGGCUGUGGGCAGGGGAGGCGUCGUGGCUGCUCUGCUCUGCUGCUGCCUGCUGGGCUCUGCCCGGGCUCUGGUGGACCCUGAUGAUGUUCUCACUAAGGAAGAGCAGAUUUACCUCCUGGUGGAAGCUAGAGAGAAAUGCCAGAGGGACAUCAGAGCUCAGCUGGAGAAGGUCAAAGACACCAGCUGCCUCCCAGAAUGGGAUGGGAUCAUUUGCUGGCCCAAAGGCUCCCCCAGCCAGGAGGUGGCCGUGCCCUGCCCUGACUACAUCUAUGACUUCAACCAUAAAGGCCGUGCCUACAGGUACUGCAGUGCUUACGGGACCUGGGAAGUGACCCUCAGCCUCAACAAGACCUGGGCCAAUUACACUGAAUGCGCCCUGCUCUUCUCCUCCGAGAGCCGGAGCCGUGAGAAGGAGGUGUUUGACCGCCUGCACUUGAUGUACACCAUCGGCUACUCCAUCUCCUUGGCCUCCCUCAUUGUCGCUGUCUGCAUCCUCUCCUAUUUCAAGCGCCUGCACUGCACUCGCAACUACAUCCACAUGCAUCUCUUCACCUCCUUCAUCUGCCGGGCUGCCAGCAUCUUCCUGAAGGACGCCGUGCUCUACUCGGGCAGCGACGCGAAGCUGCGGGAGGAGGAGCUGGGGGCAGAGCUGGGCCAACGCAGCCACCUGGUUGGCUGCAAGGUGGUGGUGACGCUCUUCCUCUACUUCCUGGCCACCAACCACUACUGGAUCCUGGUGGAAGGGCUCUACCUCCACAGCCUGAUCUUCAUGGCCUUCCUCUCCAACAAGAACUACCUGUGGGUCCUCAUCAUCAUCGGCUGGGGUCUCCCUGCUGUGUUCGUGUCCAUCUGGGCCAGCGUCAGGGCCUCCCUGGCAGACACACAAUGCUGGGAUCUCAGCGCAGGGAACAUGAAGUGGAUUUACCAGGUCCCCAUCCUGGCUGCUGUUGUGGUGAACUUCUUCCUCUUCCUCAACAUCGUGCGGGUGCUGGCAUCCAAACUCUGGGAGACAAACACAGGGAAGCUGGACCCCCGGCAGCAGUACAGGAAGCUGCUGAAGUCCACACUGGUCCUGAUGCCGCUUUUUGGGGUGCACUACGUGGUGUUCAUGGCCAUGCCAUACACCGAAGUCUCCGGGGUCCUGUGGCAGAUCCAGAUGCAUUACGAGAUGCUCUUUAACUCCUCUCAGGGUUUCUUUGUGGCUUUUAUCUACUGCUUUUGCAAUGGGGAGGUGCAGGCAGAGAUUAAAAAAGCCCAUUUUCGGAGAAGCCUGGCGCUGGACUUCAAGCAGAAGGCGCGUGCCAGCAGCGCAGCAGGGAGCUGCUGUUAUGGUGGGCUGAUGUCCCACGGCACCACCAGCUUCAGUGUGAGCCUGACAGGGCGAGGGCCGGGGGGCACACAGCCCCGGGGGCUGCUCCUCCCUGCCCGUGGCAGCCUGCCGGGCUACACCCCCAGCUCCUGUGCUGCGGAUCUUCUGCCCCAUCUGACACAGGGGAUGAGCCAGAAAACCUGUGGGGAAAACACCGUGGGCUUCAAAGACCUGGAUGAGAAUCAGCCCAGUCGGAACAAAGAGCUGGAGACGACGCUAUGAAGUUAAUGCUGCAUCUCCCAGCUGGACUCAUCUGUGUGUUUUGGGCAACUUUUGUGCUUGCAUGGAGAGCUGGGGUGCAGGAUAGCAGCUGAAUCAACUCAUUGCUCUUGGGACCACGUGCUCUUGCUCCUUCUUGUAUCUACCAGGCCUGAAAGUGAGCAACAGUUCAAAACUUCAUUUCCUUCCCUGUGCAGGUGAUUGGUGUAAGUGAUGUCUGCAUGCAAAGCCUUGAAUCAUCACAGGAAACGGUCCUCCAGGCUCAAUGCCAUUUUGUGAUGGUCUGGAAAGUGACUUCAGCUCCAGCGCAUACAAAGCUGAGCCAACGAGACUGCGGUCUUUGUGUCUGACUCCUCUGUUCAGCACCCAUUCCUGCUGUACAGUGUGAGAGGGGGCAGAGCAGCUCACCCCACCCUCACCUACAUCCUUGUACAGGAUGCAGUGAUCAGUUACAGGAGGACAGAUGGGGGUGUGAAGCCCAGCCAACAUCACAGCAUCACAGCCCCCCCAGCUCUGCCCUCCCUGCUCAUUCCUGGUCACAGCCAGCCCAGCUCCCUGCUGCCCCCCCUGCGAGGCAAUGCUCACUGCUGGGUAAAGACUGAGACUCCUGCCAUGCCCUGCCCAGACUAAUGGGUGGGAGAGAGAAUUACAGCACUGCUGGGAGUGGGGAUAUACUUGUUCUAAUGAGACAGUAAGUUCAUAAUAAAGAUAGAGACAGAGAGCAUGUGAAUAAUUGCGUGUGCAUUCAUAAACCUCUCCAGUGAAAAGCUAAGAUGUAAACAGAGACACAAGGAUUAGAAAUAACUGUAGGGAGACCAGCAGGCAGGGGCCAGCAAGACAGAGAGGGGCACCAGCAUCAGCGCACCUUCAUCACCUCCCACUCUUUUUGCUCCACCGUGGAGCACGAGAGGCAGGGGGUGACUGAUGCUCAAGCACAGAGGCAGGAGCAGGAUUAUAUUUUACAGACUAACCUGAGCUUCUUGCAGUUGAUUUGCUCAGCUGAUUUGUGCUCCUGACUCUUUAGAAGAAAGCACAGCCUGCCACUGCAAGGAGACAGCCUCUUUUUCAGGGUAGUUGGCAUGCAGCUCACACUGCUACCUUGUUCUGUGCAAGAGGAAUCAGCCCUGUUAUCCAUCUAACACAGACCUGUGAGCUGACAUUUAUAGCUCUCUGCCAUUGAUCAAUAUUUACUUGUCCGAGUCUCCGGGGGCUCCUGGUAGCUGAGAAAGGGGUGAGGAAUUUCAGUAAUCCUCUCAGAACAGCAGAGGGAUGCAUUUAAAAGAAGGGGUGAAAGCACAUGCUACAGACAGGCCAGUUCCCAGAGGCAGCAACAUGAAACCAAGGAGGGAGGGAGCAGAAGGCAGCUUCAGAUCAUAGAGCCAUUUUCAUCCUCAUCUCAAUAAUGAGUAGUAAAUAAACACUUCAGUCUUGCAGAGUUCAAACCAGUGCAAAAAGUGAUAAUUCAAAUGAAAGUUGUCCUAAAAACUGUAUUGGAGCUGUUUAUGAGGGGGCUUGAAGAGUCAAACUGUGACUGAAUCGAGGACGUUUGCAAUGCAAGGCACAUCAUGAGCAUUACUGAGUUCUCCUUCCAGCCCUACGAUGGGUUGGGAUCAGCACUUC